CCUCUUAAACCAUCAAAACCCUCUUUCUCUGCCCCUUCUGUGUUAGAAACUCAAAGGUGUGGAGGAUCUCUCCCGGGUCUCUCAAGCUUCUUCCGCCUCGUGGUUUAGUUAAAAACGCUACAAGAAGCUUACAAAUCGAGUUGAACAGAGAAAGAAAGUUUUCACAGCCAGUCUUGCGAGGGAGUCAGAAGUUUUUGGACUUGAAAAAUGUCUAUUGGAACAGGACUCGAGUCUCUCGUAGAUCAAACAAUUUCAAUUAUCACAAAUGAUGGCCGGAAUAUAGUGGGAGUCUUAAAAGGCUUUGACCAGGCCACAAAUAUUAUCCUUGAUGAAUCUCACGAGCGUGUUUACUCCACCAAGGAAGGUGUUCAACAACUAGUGUUGGGCUUGUACAUAAUAAGGGGUGACAACAUAGGUGUUGUUGGGGAACUUGACGAAGAGCUAGAUGCGCACCUUGACUUGUCUAGUCUGAGAGCUCAUCCACUCAAGCCUGUCAUUCAUUGAACUUAUAUAAGGAAGCUGAAUUGUCGCAGAACAUAUGAUGGGUUAAGUACUUGCAAAAGAAAAUGUAUUGGAAGAUUGGUGUGCGGAAUGGCCAGUAAUUUAUUGCUCUAAAUGUUACCGUAGCAGAAUAUCAUGUUGUUGUAGGGUUGGAUCAAAUUUAUUCAGUUUUUACCAGUGCUUAGUAUUUCUCCUUUGACUCUUAUGAUAUAACUAUUGAAUCUGAAACAAUACAGCGCCGGUCCUUUUUUUUAUAUU